AUGCUGCUAAUCAAUUUCCUUGACGAGGAAAAGCUUGUCUACUGGUACCGACCGACGCCCAAAGAUGUCGACUGCGACGCGACCGACACAACAAUACAAGGCUACUCUAAUAGCGGCAGUGGUAGCUUUGUUUGUGGCCGACCUGAUAGAGCCGAUGACAUGACCGACGAGGUAUUCAUUGUCACGAUGCUGAAAAUGCCCGUAACCCUACAUGUGCAGUCCGGCUGUAAUGCUGAGACUUAUAAGGCAGAUGCCGGAGUAUGGUCGUACUCUAUGCCGAUGGGCGUGGGUACCCAGAGCUUCAAGGUUGUGCGUGAUGGAGAGACGGUUGAUUCUCUAUGUGGGACUAGUUUGAGGGAAAUUACCAAAACGUGCCCCUAUGGCAUCUAUAACUUCAAUGCUUAUAUGGGAACUCUGCCGGCGGAUGCUUCUGUUGACCGGCUGUAG